AUGAUGACUACUAAGAACUUUGCUUUCCUUCUCCUUGCAUGCACCUCAUUCGUUGUGGCGCAAAACGCAAACGUCGAACAAGCUAGAAACCUUCGAGCCGAUACCAACAACAUUGAGGAGCGAAGACAAUACCGUCUUCUCAAUGUUGGCCCCAGACCUGUUACACCUGAUACUCCCAUGGAGGACCACCCCGUGAGUGGAAAAGGAAAAGGCAGCAGCAAGGGAAAAGGCGGCAAGGGUGGCAAGGGCGAUAUGGGCUCACCUUCUAGCAAGGGGAAGGGAGGGAAGGGAGGAUCCAUGUCCUCUGGAAAGGGUGGAAAAGGAGGCUCUACUUCAAUGGAAUCAUCUGGCAAGGGUGGAAAGGGUGGAAAAGGAGGCUCCACUUCAAUGGAAUCAUCUGGCAAGGGUGGCAAGGGUGGAAAAGGAGGCUCUACUUCAAUGGACUCAUCUGGCAAGGGCGGAAAGGGUGGAAAAGGAGGCUCCACUUCAAUGGAAUCAUCUGGCAAGGGUGGAAAGGGUGGAAAAGGAGGCUCCACUUCCAUGGAAUCAUCUGGCAAGGGUGGAAAGGGUGGAAAAGGAGGCUCCACUUCAAUGGAAUCAUCUGGCAAGGGUGGCAAGGGUGGAAAAGGAGGCUCUACUUCAAUGGAAUCUUCUGGCAAGGGUGGAAAGGGUGGCAAGGGUGGAAAGGGUGGAAAAGGAGGCUCUACUUCAAUGGAAUCAUCUGGCAAGGGUGGAAAGGGUGGAAAAGGAGGCUCUACUUCA